CUCUUUCUUCCAUUCCUUAGCAACAUUAAGUUAUACAUUCCUUUUCUCUCCGCUCUUUUCUCUGUUCUCUUUUCAUCUCAAUAAACUAACAGCAUAUCUGUUUUGGAAGGUAAAUCAAGUAGUCCCCUUGAACUAAGAGUUUUUUUGUUUCUUUUUUUGAGAAAUAGAAUACAUAAUUUCACUAACAUAUACAAUUUACAAAAUAACCCAUGUCUCGAUCUGUAAAACCUCUCAAAAUAGCUAUCUCACCGACUACUAUUGAUAAAAUAUGAAGUUCGGUGCUCAUCUGGAGUCAAAAAUAUAUGAGCCAUGGCGUCAAUCAUAUAUUCAAUACAAUCAGAUCAAGCUGGAAAUGAAACGCCGGCAACUACAGGAUCACGCUUGGAGCCAGAAAGACGAAUCAGAAUUUAAACAAAAAAUAGCAUCUGAACUAGCAAAGGUGUACAACUUUGUCGAAAAAUCACUCGUGGAUUUGAACAAACGAGUCGAAAAUACUCAAGCAUCACUCAGUAGUCUAACAGCAUUACCUGCAACACAAAGCAAAGGUUACAGAAAGAAAUACGAUGCUUUGGCCGAUGUCCUGACAGAAAUUCUGUUUGACGUCAACGACCUUGCCAAAUUCCAUCAUCUCAAUUGCGCUGGUUUUCGUAAAAUGAUAAAAAAACACGAUAAACACACAAAGUUGGACUUGAAAAGUGUCUACUCUACUCAAAUGACAUACCAAUGGCCGUUAGAAAAGUUAGCCAUGCGAUUUGACGUUUUAAUUAUUAAAAUUUCCGAACUUCAUGAUGUUUGUCAUUUGUAUGGAAACCCUCGAUCGAAACAGGAAGCUUACGCUUUAGGUGGUGAUCAAACGGCUUUUGAGCGAGCGACGGCGAAAUAUUGGAUCCAUCCCGAUAAUAUUACAGAAGUCAAGUCUAUUAUUUUGUUCCAUUUACCGGUACAUGUGUAUAAUAAGAAAAAGCAAUAUGAAGAAUCGGAUAUGGCUAUUUCGAGCGUUUACUUUGAUAACGAUCAGUUUGAUCUUUAUGGUGAACGUUUGAGCCGCAGUGAAGGUGCAGAAGCUAUCCGAUUACGUUGGUAUGGUCCUCUUACAGAAGAGAACGACAACAUAUACGUUGAACGCAAAACCCACAAAGCAGCAUGGUUAGACGGGAAAUCCGUCAAGGACAGAUUUAGAUUGAAAGAGCAGCAAGUCAAUGCAUUUUUAUCGGGUGUCUAUUCGGCAGAUCAAUUUGCUAUCGAUCUUCGCGCCAAAAUUUCCAAGGACGGUAAAAAGAAAUACUCAGAAGAUACAAUUGAAGAAAAUCAUUUCAUAGCAUCGGGUGUUCAAACGUCGAUCAAGGAACGUCGCCUGAAUCCCAUGUGCCGUGUUUUUUACAACCGUACAGCAUUCCAGUUACCAGGAGACCAACGUUUACGUAUCAGUCUCGACUCAAAUUUGACUUUUAUUAGAGAGGACGGUCCGGAACGACGCGAAAGAAUAGCAAACACUUUAAAUUGUUACCAUUGGAAAAGAAAUGAUAUCGACAUCAACUAUCCAUUUCAAAAUAUACCAGAAAAAGACAUCAGUCGGUUCCCCUAUGCAGUUUUGGAAACCAAGUUACAGACGCAUCUCGGUCAACAAUGUCCUGCUUGGCUUGCCUCUUUGAUUGACUCCCACUUGGUGCAUGAAGUCCCGCGAUUCUCUAAAUAUCUGCAUGGUGCCUCUAUCUUGUUUCCCAAUGACGUUCCUUUCUUCCCUUAUUGGCUAGAGCAAUUUGAGACUUUGGAUAUCAGAAAACCAGCCGUAGCAAAUAUUGGUCUGACAAGAUCCAUGAGUUUCAAGCCUUUAGUAAAUGGACAUCACCGACAAUCAUUGAUGAAGUUGUAUGAACAAGAAAUGCAAAAUAUGGAUCAAAUAGCAAGAGACGCAGCAAAUAAUGAAGUUAGGAAAAAAAGAAGCUUCCAUGACCUCCGUGGAAUAACAAGCAACCUUUUCAAUCGAUAUAACCAUAGAAAUAAACAACACCAGCAAAAUGAAAGCAGAAUACCUCAUUUAUCGAUCAAUUUGAUCGAUAAUGGAGAUAAUGAUAAGCGUCAUCCACGAUCACCAGAGGAAGAAGGUGAUUACGAAAAGCUAUCCCGCAAGCCAAUCGUCGGGCGUAUUUGGUACUCUGGAGCACCUUUCGUGACACGUUUCUCUUCAUUCAAGAAACCCAAGAAAGAAGACAAUGACCCUGUACAGCAGCAGCAACAAUCAAGAUUUUCACGUCGAGGGCCGCAAAAGAAGAUAGAACCUAAAACCCAUUUUGCUAAUGAACGUACUUUCAUCUCUUGGUUACAAUUUUGUGCUCUAUUGCUGACUGUGGCGCUUAAUCUAUUAAACAAUGGUGAUCGUAUAUCUCGCAUUAUUGGUGCUGUGUUCAUUAUUCUUUCAUCUUUAUUAUCCAUUUAUGCGCUUGUAAGAUUCCAAAUGAGGUCUUAUUAUCUGAGAGUGAAUAGAGGAGGCAACGUUCGCUACGAUGAUAUUUGGGGUCCAACCGUUCUAUGUAUUUCGAUUGUGACCGCUCUUUGUGUCAAUUUCUACUUGAGAGCUGACAUUUUGUUUGCGAGCCAUUAUGAAAACCAAGUUCCUACUAUUGAUACUACUGCUACUGCUAAUACUACACCUAAUUCUAACUAAUUUAUUGCCACUAAACAAUAGAAAAUCGAUUGUGGUUUUUCUUCACUUUUUUCCUUUGCAAGUUAUAGAGGCAUCACUUGAACUGAAUAUAAUGCAACUUACUGUUUGAUUACUGUCCGGCUGGUGGCUAUUGUCGGUAGGGAAAGAGUUAUUGGCCAAAAAGUAGACUAGCCCUAAAUGAAAGCAGCAAAAAGAUAACCCAAAAGAUGCUCAAUUUAUUGUCAUUAGCAUGGUAUUUGAGACAUGGGGUCUCUUUCUAGUUAGAAUUGUAGCUUAGUAGAAAGUUUGGAUGUUUUCCCA